GUCUUUAAAUCGAAUUCACUAUAAAUAUGGUUUUAAACCCAUAACCCACCAGCUCAAUGCGGCUCCUUGAUGUCGAUUGAAAAAUAUAAUACGAACCCCAUACGGUCAGCUCCGCGGCGGCCAAGGGAAGGGAAAACGACCGCAUGAGAACAACUGGAACUUGAGUCCAUCCUAAUACCCAGUCCCUCAUUAGCAUACAAUUUCCCAUUCAAUUCAAUUCCCAAGCAUCUCCCUCUCCCUCUCUCUCUUCGAUACGCCAGCUUAUCGCCUUCAUUUCUUCGUCUAAUCUUCCACCCUAGCUCUUAAUCAUUUGCAUCCCAUCCUCGCCACUCCUUCACAAUGACACGCGCCCAGCAGACUCUCUCCGUCCUCCUGCUCGUCUCCUCCCUCUACCUAUCGCUAUACCUCGGUCUCGUCCCCCUUAACGAAACAUUCCAGCAAGAAGUCAUCCCCGUUCUCCCCUUCUACGCCCUAAUAUGUUUCGGUUGCUACUUGCUCGGUCGCCUGGGAGUUGCGAUCCUGACCUUCAACGAUGUCCCCGAAGCGCACAAGGAGUUACAGCGGGAGAUCGAGCAAGCAAAGGCCGAGCUGCGCAAGAAGAAUGUCGAUGUUGACUAGAGUAGCAAUACAUGGGAUGGUAAUUGGGCUUCCGCUUCUUUUCUUCUUUCUUUCUUUCUUUCUUUCUUUUUCUUGCUCUCUUUCCGAUGUGUGUUUGUUGUUGGUUGUUGGUUCUUUCUCCUUUUCUUGGAGCUAGGACCCGGGGGAUGCGGUUGGUUUUGUACAAUAUACACCGUUAUCGGGAAGGUUAGGUGUUUUUUUUUUUUUUUUUUUCUUUUCUCCUUGUAUACUGUUUCUCUACUUGUUCCGAGUUCUCCAAGUGUGGGAUAAUCAAAGAGAUCGAUGUGAGAGUUGUUCGGGUUCGACGUCGGAAGAUUGUAUAAUCAAUGCGCCUAAGACCUAAAGAAGUCAAGCGGUAUAGGGAGGGUUUUAAGAAUAGAUGAGGAUCGAUGUGGUUGCUAGUUACCUAUAGUUUAGGUAGUAGACACAUGCUGCGGUUUUGCAUGGGUUCCAACUAAGUACUCCGUAUGUAUAUAAUGAAUGACUUGGUUGUGUUAGCG